AUGUCAACCUCCAGCACCGCCUCCCAACAGCCUCCCCUCCACCUCCACACCUACUUCCGCUCCUCCUGCUCCGGCCGCCUGCGCAUCGCCCUCCGCCUCAAGCAGCUCCCCUUCACCACGACGGCCGUGCACCUGCUCAAAAACGAGCAAUCUGCCGCGGACUACAAGUCGCUCAACCCGUCCGGCACGGUGCCGACGCUCACGCACACCUACACGACCACAGGCGACAACGGCGGGAUCCGCAAAACGGUCACGAUAACGCAAUCCACGGCCGCGCUCGAGUACCUCGACGAAGCCUUCCCCUCCUCGACGCCCGCGCUCUUCCCAAAAGGCUCGACGCCGGACGCCAUCGAGCAGCGCGCGCACGUGCGCACGCUGGUUGCGAUUAUUGCGUGCGACACGCAGCCGCUGACCAACAGCAAGCCGAUCAAGGCGGUCAACGAGAUGGGCCAGGACGGGCAGGCGUGGGCAAGGGACUGGACGGUGAGGGGGCUGGAUGCGUUCGAGGGGUACUUGGCGCGGACGAUGGUCGAGGCGGGCCAGGGUAAGUGGUGUGUUGGAACGGGGGUUACGGCGGCGGAUGUGUGUUUGGUGCCUGCGGUGUGA